GCGACACUGUCAGUGCUAACAUGGAACUACUAGCAAAAGAUUGCGAGCAAGUAACGGCACCAGCAUUUGAGGAUGUUAUGGAGGCUAUUGGCGCAAGAGGGAAGUUCCAGAGGAGAUUUAACGUAAUCUUCACUUACUUGGGUGCCACUGUCAAUCUGAUGAGUGUACAUUUGUAUUACCUGGCAAUGCAGACUCCCGACCAUUGGUGUUACGUUCCUGGCAGAGAGAAUACUGGUUUGACUAUUGAUGAGUGGAAGAACUUAACUAUACCCAGGGGACAGGGUACGUUCAGCAAGUGCACGAUGUACAACGAUAGCCAUACGUACAAGGCUGCCAACAUUUCAGAAAUAAACUGCCAACACGGUUGGACCUACGACAACACGUGGUUCUCCAUGACUGUGCCAUCGCAGAUGAACUGGGUGUGCAGUAACACGUACAUUGUCAAUGACAUUAUGUUUUAUUCGCAAUAUGCCGCUGCUGUAAUGGGACUGCUCUUCGGCUACGUGGGAGACAUGUGUGGCCGCCGCUGGCAGCAGUUCCUGUGCUUGGCAGCCCACAUGAUCAGCAGGGUCGUGCUGAUUCUCGCACCAUCUAUUCCCAUGUUGUUUGCUGUGGGGGUGUCUCUGGUGGCAGCUGCAAGCGGACCAAUGUUCGAGUCAUCACUGUCUGUCGGACUCGAACUGACAACCAUCAAGCACCGUACGACUAUCAGCGCCAUGGCGUGCCUUUGUGCAGGAGCUGGAAUGAUGGCGGCUGGUUUGGUGGCGUGGAUCAUGCCCUAUUGGAAUUUUCUCUUCCUCUUUGCUGCAUUAUGUUGUCUUGCAUUGUUUUCAUUUUUCAGGCGGUUCCCCGAGUCGCCGCGCUGGCUGGCCUGCAGGGGGCGCCAGGAGGAGGCGCUCAGCCUGGUGCAGCGCAUCGCGGCCGCCAACGGCACUGCCGUGCCGCCGUUCACUCAGAGGGUACUACGCAACGCGGCCAGGAGCAAGCGCGACAGGAAGGGACUGCUCAGCAUUUUCUCCAGCUGGAACCUCUUCAAAAAUACAACAGUACUCGUCAUCGUCAGGUCUGUGCACGUGCUGACGAUGUUCUCGCUGGUGCUGAGCGUGGGAGGUGCCAGCGCCAACCCGUUCGCCUCGCUGGCCGCGAAGGGGGCAGCCCAGCUGCCCGGCUACCUGGCCGUCCGCCACUGUGCGUCCCGCUUCGGCCGCCGCUGGUCCGCUGUCGCAGCUCCCGUGCUGGCCGCUGCCGUUGGUUCUGCCAUCAUUCUCCUCAUGACAGCAGAUGCAUCCGGCACCUCCAUCACCGUGAUGACCAUCAUAAUGCAGUUCUGCACCACGGCUAGUGGUGCUAUAUCCAACCUGCAGAGCCUAGAAGUGCACCCCACGUGUCUGCGGCAGAUCACAGCUUCUGUCGAGUGGACGGUAGCCGCCAUCUUUCUAUCACUUACGCCACACUUUGUUUUCCAGGCGGGAUCAGUGGAUCGCCGGCUGCCAUUCGCCAUCCUCUCCGCACUGAACCUUCUGGCAGCUUUUGCUGCAUCUUUCUUGCCAGAAUCUGCAUUACAGAGAUUGCCUGAAUCUUUGGAGGAUGCCGCGUUCUUCGGCAAAGGCCGCCGCUGCACCCUGCUGGUUGGUCUGUUGAUGGCCGCCCCCGGACUGCUGCAGAUGACUGCUGGUGAUGUGUCGUACUCGCAUAUGUUGCCAUGCCGACCUCGUGCGUGGACAACUAAACUGCACCUGGACAAAUCAGAACUGCUGCGGAUGGCAGAAGCUGCCUUUCCUCAGCGCUCUGGCCCGAAAGGCUUCAUAUCUGCAGAUCCAUUUACCUUUUAUUGA